UAAGUGAUAACACAAUUUUUGAAGGAAGAAACGUUACGUUGGACAUAUAAUCAGAAGCACCAACUGCUGCUGAAGCGGUAUACAGACUUCUUUAUGAAAAAAGUCUAAGCAAGUUCAGAAGAACAUGAAAGUCUACCUUUUUAAUUUUUCUCUACACCAAGAAAAAACUCCACAAUUCAAAAUUUAUACCCAUCCAUGUCAAGUAAAAUUGUUACGCAUGAUGCUGAAAAGGUCGGAGCUCCUACACCCCUAAAACUGAAUCUCAACUUGAGUUUGGCAAUGCAUCGUCUAUUCACCUUUCCACUCCUGUCUUACCAGCUCUUCCAAUUCGAACUGCUCCACGCGCUGUCGGAUCUGGGUUUCUACUUUGCCAAUGGAUGUAUGAUUUGCAAUUUUUGUGGGUUCAUCAUAACUACUGGGCAAUUGUCAGAAUACUUUAAUCACGGUUUAGAACAUGUUCAAAAGGUCAUUCACAAAUUGCACAGAAACUGUAAAAUCGGUGGCGAUGAUUCGGAAAAUGUGCCGAUGGGAAAGAGUUUGGAUGACCAUCUGAAUUACAAAUACGAGGCACACCGUCUGUACUCGCUGCUGAAAAAGAAUGACUGGCAGUUCGUUGAGCCCUUCAGUUUGGCCAAAAGCGGAUUUUACUACUCUGGACACGAAGACAACGUCAUUUGCGCAUAUUGCAAUUUGGAAGUCCGCGGAUGGGAGGAGGGAGACACGCCGGACGGAGAACACAGGCGUUGGAACCCGAAUUGCCCCUUUUUGUGCGAUUGCAAGAGCGUCAUAAACAUUUCGAUCGGAAGCGAGCAAAUUGAUGGGAUACAUGCUAAUGGCCUUUCCAAGAUGAAUAUUGGCAGAAACCCGUUUGCUUUGACGAAGGGACUGGAAAUUUUCGGACCAAACAUUCAUUUCGUGAUAAAAAGCAGCCUUCUAUUCCUUGUGACCCCUCGCGACUUGAAUAUUCAAGAUUGGUUCAAACCUUUGAACCCGAAAUUUGCCACCUUAAACAGCCGACUCAAUUCUUUUAAAGGUUUUUGGCCGAAAUGUCUUAAUCAAACUCUAAUUGCAAUGUCUCGCGCUGGUUUCUUUUACACCGGAACUGGAGAUCGAGCCAUUUGCUUCCAUUGUAAUUUGGGCUUGAAAGACUGGGACCCUAACGAUGACCCUUUCAUCCAACAUUGUAAAUGGAACUCGAAUUGCCAAUACAUCAGCAGGAUGAGCAAAGUGGAGCGUAGUAAGGACGAAAUCACGAACGCACCUGCUAAAAGAUGUACCGACGGCGAUAUUCUUUGCCUCAAAUGCAGUGUGAAAAAUGUGUCCAAAGUAAAUUUGCCCUGCGGACACAUGACAUUUUGCAACUCCUGCUCUGGAAAAUCUUGCUUAGUUUGUCGAAGCGAUAUAAUUGCAGAAAUCAAUGUGUUAGGCUUUUCUAAUAUUGAGUCUGAAGAGGCAAAAAAUGAGGACACCCUCUCCUGCCUUAUUGACGAUUCCGCGGCCAACAAUCAGCCGAAACAAGGAAUACUUUGUCUGAGCAUCAGAGAAUUUGUGAAAAUUUGCAGAGACAUUGCAGUAUGGGUGCUUCAACGCUUUUCAAAGCUUAACAAAAGGUGCCGCAAGCGUUUGUCUUUUUCUGUCUGAUAAAGCGUUGCUUAUUCACAUCUAACAAACUUCUAGUUGCACAAAGGGAAUGCUUUUAAUAAUAUAGACAUAUAUGUAUCACAUUUAGUUUUUUUUCGAUAGUAUGUAUUUGUUAUUUAGCCAAUAUUAAAAAUAUUUUACUUGGA